GAGCCUGCUGGCGGCCGCCCCCCUUCCCCACUUCCCUGCACUCUCAUCUCGCUCGGCCUCGGCCUCUGACACGAGAAAGAGAUGCUGGUUGCAAGUUUUGGAGAUCCCUGUUUUUUAUGGAACACGGUUCUGUAAACUUUUCAUAAGCUUCCUUGGCAAUAACAUACACUUGUGAUGGACCCUAGAAAUACUGCUAUGUUAGGAUUGGGUUCUGACUCCGAAGGAUUUUCAAGGAAGAGUCCCUCUGCCGUCGGUACUGGCACAGUGGUCAGCAAGAGAGAAGGAGAGCUAGAGAACAACGCGAAAGAGGAAGAGGACCUUCGCAAGUGGAAUCGGGAAAGAAACAGUGAAGCAGGGAAAGAGGAUGGUUUGACUGAUGCACAGCAACAGUUUUCAGUGAAAGAAACAAACUUUUCAGAGGGAAACUUGAAAUUGAAAAUUGGCCUUCAGGCUAAGAGAACUAAAAAACCUCCAAAGAACUUGGAGAACUAUGUGUGUCGACCUGCCGUAAAAACAACCAUCAAGCACCCAAGGAAAGCACUUAAAAGCGGGAAGAUGACUGAUGAGAAGAACGAGCACUGUCCUUCAAAACGGGACCCUUCAAAGUUGUACAAGAAAGCAGGUGAUGUUGCAGCCAUUGAAUGCCAAUCCGAAGAAGGCAUCCGUCUUCAUUCACAGGGAGAAAACAGUCCUUUGUCGAAGAAGCUGUCUCCAGUACACUCAGAAAUGACAGAUUACAUUAAUGCAACAUCAUCUACUCUUGUUGGGAGCCGGGAGCCUGAUUUAAAGGACCGAGCAUUACUUAAUGGAGGAACGAGUGUAACAGAGAAGUUGGCACAGCUCAUCGCAACUUGCCCUCCCUCUAAGUCUUCCAAGACUAAACCGAAGAAGUUGGGAACUGGCACUGCUGCGGGAUUGGUUAGCAAAGAUUUGAUCCGGAAAGCAGGCGUUGGCUCUGUAGCUGGAAUACUACAUAAGGACUUAAUAAAAAAACCAGCCAUCAGCACAGCAGUUGGAUUGGUAACUAAAGAUCCUGGGAAAAAGCCAGUGUUUAAUGCAACAGUAGGAUUGGUCAAUAAGGACUCUGUGAAAAAACUAGGAACGGGCACUACGGCGGUGUUCAUUAAUAAAGACUUGGGCAGAAAGCCAGGAACUGUCACUACAGUAGGACUGCUGAGCAAGGAUUCAGGAAAGAAGCUAGGAAUUGGGAUUGUUCCAGGGUUAGUGAACAAGGACUCUGGAAAGAAGUUAGGACUUGGCACUGUGGUUGGGCUGGUUAAUAAAGACUUGGGAAAGAAAUUGAGUUCUACUGUUGGCCUAGUGGCCAAGGACUGUGCAAAGAAGAUUGUAGCAAAUUCAGCAAUGGGAUUAGUUAACAAGGACAUGGGAAAGAGACUGGUGAGUUGCUCUAUGGCAGGCCUGGUCAGUAAAGAUGCCAUAAACCUUAAAGCCGAAGCACUGCUCCCCACUCAGGAACCACUCAAGGCUUCUUGUAGUACAAACAUCAGUAGUCAUGAAAGUCAGGAACUUUCUGAAUCCCUGAAAGACAGCACCACCAGCAAAACUUUUGAGAAGAAUGUUAUACGGCAGAGUAAAGAAAGCAUAUUGGAAAAGUUCUCAGUUCGAAAAGAAAUCAUCAAUUUGGAGAAAGAAAUGUUCAGCGAAGGAACAUGCAUUCAGCAAGACAGUUUCUCAUCCAGUGACAGGGGGCCUUAUGAAACCUCAAAGCAUGAAAAGCAACCUCCCGUGUACUGCACUUCUCCGGACUUUCAAAUGGGAGCUGCUUCAGAUGCAUCCACAGCAAAAUCCCCGUUCAGUGCAGUAGGAGAGAGCAGUCUCCCCUCCCCAUCGCCCACCGUAUCUGUCAACCCUCUAACCAGAAGUCCCCCUGAAACUUCACAGCUGGCCCCUAAUCCAUUGCUUUUAAGUCCUUCCACAGAAUUAAUGGAAGAAAUUUCUGAAUCUGUUGGAAAGAACCAGUUUACUCCUGAAAGUACCCACUUGAACAUUGGUCAUAGGUCCGUGGGUCACAGCAUGAACAUCGAAUGUAAAGGGAUUGAUAAAGAGCUAACUGAUUCCAAAACCGCGCAUCUAGAUAUUCCAAGAAUAAGCUCUUCCCUGGGAAAAAAGCCAAGUUUGACUUCCGACUCCAGUAUUCACGCAAUUACCCCUUCGGUUGUUAACUUCACUAGUUUAUUUAGUAACAAGCCCUUUCUAAAACUUGGUGCAGUAGGUGCGUCGGACAAACACUGCCAAGUGGCUGAAAGCCUAGGCACGAGUUUGCAGUCGAAACCAUUGAAAAAACGGAAAGGAAGGAAACCUCGGUGGACUAAAGUGGUGGCGAGAAGCACGUGCCGGUCUCCCAAAGGGCUAGAGUUAGAAAGAUCAGAGCUUUUUAAGAAUGUUGCGUGUAGCUCACUAUCAGGUAGUAAUUCUGAGCCAGCCAAGUUUAUGAAAAACAUCGGACCAUCUUCGUUUGUAGAUCAUGACUUCCUGAAACGCCGAUUGCCAAAGCUGAGCAAGUCCACGGCCCCGUCUCUUGCUCUCCUAACUGAUAGUGAAAAACCCGCUCACAAGGCUUUUGCUACUCACAAGCUCUCCUCCAGUAUGUGUGUCUCUAGUGACCUUUUGUCUGACAUUUAUAAGCCCAAGAGGGGAAGACCUAAAGCUAAGGAGAUGCCUCAACUGGAAGGGCCACCUAAAAGGACUUUAAAAAUCCCUGCCUCUAAAGUGUUUUCUUUGCAGUCUAAGGAAGAACAGGAACCCCCGAUUUUACAGCCAGAAAUCGAAAUUCCUUCCUUCAAGCAAAGUCUUUCUGUGUCUCCUUUUCCGAAAAAGAGAGGCAGACCGAAGAGGCAGAUGAGGUCACCAGUCAAGAUGAAGCCACCUGUACUAUCCGUGGCUCCGUUUGUUGCCACCGAGAGUCCAAGCAAGCUGGAGUCUGAAAGUGAUAACCAUCGGAGCAGCAGUGAUUUCUUUGAGAGUGAGGAUCAGCUUCAGGACCCAGACGAUCUGGACGACAGGCACAGGCCCGCUGUCUGCAGCAUGAGUGACCUAGAGAUGGAUCCAGAUAAAAAAAUUACCAAGAGAAACAACGGACAGCUAAUGAAAACAAUUAUCCGCAAAAUAAAUAAAAUGAAGACUUUGAAGAGGAAGAAACUGCUGAAUCAGAUUCUGUCAAGCUCCGUAGAAUCAAGUAAUAAAGGGAAAGUGCAAUCCAAACUCCAUAAUACAGUGUCCAGUCUUGCCGCCACGUUUGGCUCUAAAUUGGGCCAGCAGAUAAACGUCAGCAAGAAAGGAACCAUUUACAUAGGAAAGAGAAGGGGUCGAAAACCAAAAACUGUCUUAAACGGCAUUCUUUCUGGUAGCCCUGCCAGCCUUGCUGUCCUUGAGCAAACUGCUCAGCAGGCAGCUGGCUCGGCAUUAGGACAGAUCCUUCCCCCUUUGCUGCCCUCCUCUGCGAGUGGGUCAGAGAUUCUCCCGUCACCUGUGUGCUCCCAGUCUUCCGGGACUAGUGGGGGUCAGAGCCCUGUGAGCAGUGACGCGGGCUUCGUGGAACCCAGUUCAGUGCCGUAUCUGCAUUUACACUCCAGACAGGGCAGUAUGAUCCAGACGCUUGCAAUGAAGAAGGCCUCAAAGGGGAGGAGGCGACUGUCUCCUCCUACUUUGUUGCCGAAUUCUCCCUCCCACUUAAGUGAACUCACCUCCCUGAAAGAGGCCACUCCUUCUCCCAUUAGUGAGUCUCACAGCGACGAGACCAUUCCCAGCGAUAGUGGAAUCGGAACCGAUAAUAACAGCACUUCGGACAGAGCAGAGAAGUUUUGUGGACAGAAAAAGAGGCGGCAUUCUUUUGAACAUGUUUCUCUGAUUCCCCCUGAAACCUCUACAGUCCUGAGCAGUCUUAAAGAAAAACAUAAACACAAAUGUAAGCGCAGGAAUCACGAUUACCUCAGCUAUGACAAGACGAAGAGGCAGAAACGAAAACGGAAAAAGAAAUACCCCCAGCUCCGAAGCAGACAGGAUCCAGACUUUAUUGCAGAUCUGGAGGAACUGAUAAGUCGUCUGAGUGAAAUUCGAAUCACCCAUCGAAGUCAUCAUUUUAUCCCCCGAGACCUGCUGCCCACUAUUUUUCGCAUCAACUUUAAUAGCUUCUAUACACAUCCUUCUUUCCCCUUGGACCCUUUGCACUACAUUCGAAAACCUGACUUAAAAAAGAAGAGAGGGAGACCCCCUAAGAUGAGGGAGGCAAUGGCCGAAAUGCCCUUCAUGCACAGCCUUAGUUUUCCUCUUUCCGGUACAGGAUUCUAUCCGUCCUACGGCAUGCCUUACUCUCCGUCACCCCUUACAGCCACUCCCCUGGGACUAGGUUACUAUGGAAGGUACCCCCCCACUCUCUACCCUCCUCCGUCUCCUUCUUUCACUCCUCCGCUUCCACCUCCUUCCUACAUGCAUGCUGGUCACUUACUUCUCAACCCCACCAAAUACCAUAAGAAAAAGCAUAAGCUACUGCGACAGGAGGCCUUUCUCACAACCAGCAGGACUCCUCUCCUUUCCAUGAGCACCUACCCUAGCGUCCCUCCCGAGAUGGCCUAUGGUUGGAUGGUCGAGCACAAACAUAGGCACCGUCACAAGCACAGAGAACACCGCUCUUCUGAGCAACCCCAGGUUUCCAUGGACACCGGCUCUUCCAGAUCUGUUUUGGAGUCCUUGAAACGCUAUCGAUUUGGGAAGGAAACUGUUGGAGAGCGAUAUAAGCAUAAGGAAAAGCACCGAUGUCAUAUGUCCUGCCCUCAUCUCUCUCCUUCGAAAAGCUUAAUAAAUCGAGAAGAACAGUGGGUCCACCGAGAGCCUUCAGAAUCUAGUCCACUGGCUUUGGGAUUGCAAACACCUUUACAGAUCGACUGUUCAGAGAGUUCUCCGAGCUUAUCCCUGGGAGGGUUCACUCCCAGCUCUGACCCGGCCAGCAGCGAUGAGCAUACAAACCUUUUCACAAGUGCAAUAGGCAGCUGCCGAGUCCCCAACCCGAACUCCAGCGGCCGGAAGAGACUAGCCGACAGUCCUGGACUGUUUUCUGCACAGGACACUUCGCUCACUCGGCCUCACAGGAAGGAGCCACUGCCUUCCGGCGAGAGGGCAGUGCAGACCGCGACAGGUUCCCAGCCAACCUCAGAGAAGUCUUCCCAGCGACUGUCCGAGAGCACGAGCAGCAGCCCUGCCCGGAAGCGGUCGUCCUCGGAGAGCACUUCGUCCACAGUGAAUGGCGUUUCCUCUCGAAGUCCGAGAGCGACCGCUUCUGGGGACGACUCCGUGGACGGUCUGCUGCAGCGGAUGGUACAACAUGAGGACCAGGCGCCCCUGGGGAAAAGCGUCGAGGCCGCAAUCACAUCCGCCUCUGUGCCGCCUUCCUCCAGUCCGGGCCACAGCCACAGCCACGGCCACAGCAAGGAGCGAGCCCCGGGGAGACCAGACAGCCUUCUCAUGCCUGCGGUCCCCGGCGACUCCUGCAGUGGUAGCAUCUCACUCCUCUCCGAGAAGUUGCCGAGCAGCCGUUCGCCCCCGCACAUCAAGAGGAGUGUAGUGGAAGCCAUGCAGCGCCAAGCUCGGAAAAUGUGCAAUUACGACAAAAUCCUGGCCACCAAGAAAAACCUGGACCAUGUCAACAAAAUACUAAAAGCCAAAAAACUGCAAAGACAGGCCAGGACAGGGAACAACUUCGUGAAACGCAGACCAGGCCGACCUCGGAAAUGCCCCCUCCAGGCCGUGGUGUCGAUGCAAGCCUUCCAGGCCGCCCAGUUGGUCGGCCCCGAGCUGAGCGAAGGCGAGGAGAGAGCAGCGGCGCCCUUCCGUCCUGACACCGUUACGGAUGUCAUCGAGGCUGUUGUCCAGAGCGUGAACCUGAGUCCAGAACAGAAGAAGGGGUUGAAGAGGAAAAGUUGGCUUUUGGAAGAACAGACCAAGAAAAAGCAGAAGCCGUUCCCAGAGGAAGAACGAGAGCGCACUGAAAGCUUUACUGAAACAACAGUUGAGAUUCCCGGUCCUCCUGAAACCCCAGCCAAGCCUCCCGAACCUGAAGGUAGCUUGCAGCCUGUGCUUUCUCUCAUCCCAAGGGAGAAGAAGGCCCCACGUCCCCCAAAGAAGAAGUAUCAGAAAGCAGGGCUGUAUUCUGACGUUUACAAAACUGCAGACCCAAAGAGCCGGCUGAUCCAAUUAAAGAAGGAGAAGCUGGAAUACAGCCCUGGAGAGCACGAGUACGGGUUAUUCCCAGCCCCCAUUCAUGUCGUUGUGAAUAAUGGUGCUGUGAACGUUGGUUUACAAUUCUCUGUUGAGGACCCUGCUUUCGAUUCUUUUGUACGUAUACCCAGAAGUGGACUUGCUGGAUCCUUUGGAAAGUAUCUAAGGCAAAAGAGAAUUGACUUCCAGCUUCCCUAUGACAUCCUUUGGCAGUGGAAACAUAAUCAGCUAUACAAAAAGCCAGAUGUCCCACUAUAUAAAAAUCGUUCAAAUGUCUACGUUGAUGUCAAACCCCUUUCUGGUUACGAGGCCACCACCUGUAACUGUAAGAAGCCAGAUGAUGACAGGAAGGGCUGUGUGGAUGACUGUCUCAAUAGAAUGAUCUUUGCUGAAUGUUCCCCCAACACUUGUCCCUGUGGUGAGCAGUGCUGUAACCAGAGGAUACAGAGGCAUGAGUGGGUGCAGUGUCUAGAACGAUUUCGAGCUGAGGAAAAAGGUUGGGGAAUCCGAACCAAAGAACCCCUAAAAGCCGGGCAGUUCAUCAUCGAGUACCUGGGGGAGGUUGUCAGCGAGCAAGAGUUCAGGAACAGGAUGAUUGAGCAGUAUCAUAAUCACAGCGACCACUACUGCCUGAACCUGGAUAGCGGGAUGGUGAUCGACAGUUACCGCAUGGGCAAUGAGGCCCGAUUCAUCAACCACAGCUGCGAUCCCAACUGUGAGAUGCAGAAAUGGUCUGUCAAUGGAGUGUACCGGAUCGGACUGUAUGCUCUUAAAGACAUGCCAGCUGGUACCGAGCUCACCUACGAUUACAACUUCCAUUCCUUUAACGUUGAAAAGCAGCAACUGUGCAAGUGUGGCUUUGAGAAGUGUCGAGGGAUCAUCGGGGGCAAGAGUCAGCGCAUGAACGGGCUCACCAGCAGCAAAAGCAGCCAGCCUGUGGCCACUCACAAGAAGUCUGGACGGUCAAAGGAGAAGAGGAAGUCUAAGCACAAGCUGAAGAAAAGGAGAGGCCACCUCUCCGAAGAGCCCAGUGAAAACAUCAACGCUCCCACAAGGUUGACCCCCCAGUUACAAAUGAAGCCGAUGUCUAAUCGAGAAAGGAAUUUUGUGUUAAAGCAUCAUGUGUUCUUGGUCCGGAACUGGGAGAAGAUCCGGCAGAAACAGGAGGAGGUAAAGCCCGCCAGCGAGGAUGUUCACUCAGCAUCGCUGUGUACGCGCUGGAACAGCGUCUGCCGAGAUGACGGGAACAUCAAGUCCGAUGUCUUCAUGACCCAGUUCUCCGCCCUGCAGACAGCACGAUCUGUUCGAACGCGACGGCUGGCAGCAGCUGAGGAGAACAUUGAGGUGGCGCGGGCAGCCCGCCUUGCCCAGAUCUUCAAAGAGAUCUGUGACGGCAUCAUCUCCUACAAAGAUCCUUCCCGACAAGUCCUGGCCGCGCCCCUUCUGAGCCUCCCCCCGAAGAAAAAGAACGCUGAUUAUUACGAGAAGAUCUCUGACCCCCUGGACCUGGCCACCGUAGAGAGGCGCAUCCUCACCGGCCACUACAAGACCGUGGAGGCUUUUGACGCCGACAUGCUCAAGGUCUUUCGGAAUGCUGAGAAGUACUACGGGCGUAAAUCCCCCAUCGGGAGAGAUGUCUGCCGCCUGCGGAAGACCUACUACAACGCCCGGCACGAGGCGUCGGCCCAGAUCGACGAGAUCGUGGGAGAGACGGCGAGCGAGGCAGACGGCAGCGAGGCCUCCGUCUCCGAGAAGGAGAACGUGCACGAGAAGGACGACGACGUCAUCCGCUGUGUGUGCGGCCUGCACAAGGACGAAGGCCUCAUGAUCCAGUGUGACAAGUGCAUGGUGUGGCAGCACUGUGACUGUAUGGGGGUGAACUCAGACGUGGAGCACUACCUCUGUGAGCAGUGUGACCCGAGGCCUGUGGACAGAGAGGUACCCAUGACCCCUCGGCCCCACUACGCCCAGCCCGGCUGUGUCUACUUCAUCUGUUUGCUCCGAGAUGACCUGUUGCUUCGUCAAGGCGACUGUGUGUAUUUGAUGCGGGACAGCCGGCGCACCCCUGACGGCCACCCCGUCCGCCAGUCCUACCGACUGUUGUCACACAUUAAUCGAGACAAACUUGACAUCUUUCGCAUUGAGAAGCUUUGGAAGAAUGAAAAAGAGGAGCGGUUCGCCUUUGGUCACCACUAUUUCCGCCCCCACGAGACCCACCACUCCCCCUCUCGCCGCUUCUAUCACAACGAGCUGUUUCGGGUGCCUCUGUACGAGAUCAUUCCCUUGGAGGCCGUGGUGGGGACCUGCUGUGUACUGGACCUUUACACGUAUUGCAAAGGGAGACCCAAAGGGGUGAAGGAGCAGGACGUGUACAUCUGUGACUAUCGGCUCGACAAGUCCGCACACCUGUUUUACAAGAUCCACCGGAACCGCUAUCCCGUCUGCACCAAGCCCUACGCCUUUGACCACUUCCCCAAGAAGCUCACUCCCAAAAGAGAUUUCUCGCCGCAUUACGUCCCAGACAACUACAAGAGGAACGGAGGGCGGUCCUCCUGGAAGUCUGAGCGCCCAAAGCCGCCCCUAAAAGACCUGGGCCAGGAGGACGAUGCUCUGCCCUUGAUUGAAGAGGUCCUGGCCAGCCAGGAGCAAGCCGCUGAGGAGAUGCCCGGCCUGGAGGAGCCGGAGCGGGAGGGGGCUGCUGCAGAAGCAAGCGAAGGCGAGAAGAAGGCAGAAGAGAGCAGUCCGGAGCCGGUGCCUGCCUGUACCCCUGAGGAGCGACGGCACAGCCAGCGGGAACGACUCAACCAGAUCUUGCUCAAUCUCCUGGACAAAAUCCCCGGAAAAAAUGCCAUCGACGUGACCUACCUGCUGGAGGAAGGAUCCGGCAGGAAGCUCCGAAGACGCACUUUGUUCAUCCCAGAGAGCAGCUUCCGGAAGUGAGCCUCAGAGGAGGAGGCACUGCUGCGAAGCUGCUUCCUGUCCCCAGGUGUAACUCCCCGUCGGCGGGAGGGGGUCCCUACCCGCCCCAGGCGUCCGUUCUCUGUGGGCUCCAGGAGCUACCCUAGAGACCUACAACAGAAACAGCUGCUGGGGCCUCUUUCCAGAUGGAUCCUUGACUGGGAAAGUUUCUCUCUCCUCGUCCAAUCAGGUCCAAGUAAAACGUGAAUUGACAAGUCAAAGCACUAGUAUCUGCGGCCCUUUUCCCUCCCUCUCCCCCCCAGAAUGUAACCACGGACUAGGGAAGGCCCCCAUGGGGUCAGCAGGGCACAGAACUCAUUGUGAUGAUUUUUGUUUUAACUUCAUAACCUGCCCAACCUAUCUUUUUCUAACGAGAAGGCCAGGCCCCCGCCAGCGCCUCACCUGUGCCGUUCACGCACUGUGGCUCUCGGGUGUCUGCUGUGCCGCGAACGGACGUUCGUCUCAGAAUAGCCUCGUCGUAAAACCUCCGUACGCGUGGACCCUAAACCGCCCCCCAAAGUCACUACACAGACUGUUGAGCAGUGUUCGCCUAGCAGAGUAUUUGUUGUGAGUGUACAUUAGCGACUGAAAACACUACUCCUGUUUUCCUCAUUGUACAGUUUUCAGUGUCCACCUCUUAGAGACCGUGCUUGCCCACCCGCCGGCCUGGGUCCUCCGCCCUCCUGACGACAGCACAGGGGGGAGGGCACGGGCAUCUGCUUCCUUCCCAAUCUCUUGGCCAGAACUUCCCAGACGAUACUGUCUCUUUAAAAACGAAAUUUAAAAAGCUUUGCUUUGUUAUCUUCUCAGACAUACAUAUGCAUAUACGUUUUAGAUGUUCUUAUAAGAGAAAAGAUGGUUUUUAAAUGUGCCAAGUUGUGUGUGUAUAUAUAUAUGUAUGUAUGUAUGUAUAUAUAUAUAUAUAUAUAUAUAUAUAUAUAUAUAUCUGCCGCGUGACUAGGAAGCAAUACAGUAGUAACCCCGUCCCAUUACUUUUCUCCAGUCCCGGACCAACGCUGUCCUAGCUGCACAUCUCCCCCGAUGACGACGCUCUGACUUGUUUAGGUAGAAACAUGGACACCUUCCAUUCCAUUCAAUCUUUUUUUCUUUUUCUCCUUUCUGUGUCAAUCUUGAGGAAAAAAAAAAAAAAAAAACAGAAAAAAAAAAAACAAAACAAAAGAGACAGGGGAAGCCAAAGAUCCCCUUGAGCAGAGAAAAAGCAGAAUAAAUAUUUUAUUAAAGAAAAAAGAGAAUUAA